UCGUUUUUACAUAAAUAGCCGCGCAGUUAACGUUUGCCGUUUUAUUGUUUUUGGAAUUGUGUUAAUACCGCGUUGUGCUGUUUACGUUAACCUCCCCAGAUCAUUUGGCGGCAAUAUAGAUUCGCGCAAUAAUAUACGCCAUCAAUCAGCCUCUGAGUGGAAUCUAUUAUAUUGUGAAAUACAAAAAUACCCACACCACACCGCCACACACACCAGCGCACUUGCAGCACACUUCCAAUUGAAACGAACCUUUUUUCCGGGCGGGGGAGCACAGCACGUUUCGCGUGAAUUUCGGACUCGGACUCGGAUGCGCGGAUUCCCAUUCCGGUGGCAGCCGCAAUAUCUAUAAUUAGCAAUAGGCCAACAAUAUCUGCAGAUUCUGUCGCAAUUGCAAUAUCUGUUUACAACGCCGCCACCGCUGCUAAGAGUGUGAGAGUGAGAGGAACAAAAAACACGCGGCCGCCACACAGUUGUUAUUUGCUUUUUGUUACCGUUGCUUGCCGUUUUUUUGUUGUUGUUUUUGGUUUGCCCAACAAACGUGUGCAUUUUCCAAUUGGCAAUUGGUCAACGAGAAAGAGAACUCCAUUGAAAUUGUGAAAUAAAAGGAAAAGGACGAUAAAAGCAGCGGGAAAUUUUCAACGAAUUGCUGAGAAAACGAGAAAGUAGAACGUCGUUACACAACCCAAACCCGUCGCCGUUGCCGCCGCCCCAGUGCAGGAGUGCCUAUACAUUAUUCUUCUUCUGAUUUGAGGACGCCGACGUCGCCAGAGCAACAGCUGAGAUUCUCUUAUUGGAGCACGCGUGCCUGCGACUUGUAACUGCGUUUGUUUGUGUUUGUUUUGUCGCCUUCUUCCUUUUAACCGCACUAUGGGUCUACUUAGCGAGGGCAGUCCACUAUCUUGGGAGGAGACCGAAGCCCUGGCCAAUCAUGUCCGGGAGCAUGGCAUCAAUCAGUUCAUCAACUUGUACCACAGACUGAAGGACCGCCAGGGCGAUAUCCUCAAGUGGGGCGAUGAGGUGGAGUACAUCAUUGUCAAGUUCGAUGACGAACAACAGGUGGCACGUGUGGCGCUGCGCGCCCAAGAUCUGCUCGCCCAGCUUAACGAGAAGGAGCUGGCCGAUCCCAAGGGCGUGAAGUCACUGUGGCGUCCCGAAUAUGGAGCCUACAUGAUUGAGGGUACUCCCGGCAAGCCAUUUGGCGGUUUGAUGGCCCACUUCAACCUAGUGGAGGCCAAUAUGCGCUAUCGUCGCGAGGAGGUCACCGAGCUGCUGGCCAAGGAUGAGUGCGUCAUGUCCAUUACCAAUUUUCCGCGCCUGGGCGCUCGCAACUUCACCUGGCCGCUGGCCCAGCCGCGUCCCGAGGAUCCGCUUAGCUCGGCCCGCUCUUUGUAUUUCCCGGAUGAGGCCAUUUUCCCCGGCCAUCCGCGCUUCAAGACCCUUACCCGGAACAUUCGCAAGCGACGUGGCGAGAAGGUGUCUAUCAAGCUGAAGGUAUUCAAGGAUGUAAAUACAAAGCUGCCGGUGGAGGGCGCACCGCCUGGAGAGCCGGAUGUGGUUUUGCUGGACGCCAUGGGCUUCGGCAUGGGCUGCUGCUGCCUGCAGCUGACCUUCCAGGCCUGCAACAUCACAGAGGCCCGUCGCCUGUACGAUCAGCUAGCGCCACUGUGCCCCAUCAUGCUGGCCCUGACUGCUGCUUCGCCCAUCUAUAGGGGCUACCUGACCGAAUCGGACUGCCGCUGGAACGUGAUCAGCUCGUCGGUGGACUGUCGCACGGAGGAGGAGCGCGGCCUGGUGCCGCUGAACAAGCAGAAGUUCCGCAUCGCCAAGUCGCGUUACGAUUCCAUUGACUCGUACCUGUCACCCGAGGGGGCCAAGUACAACGAUGUGCCGAUCACCUACGACGAGGCGGUGUACCAGCGUCUGGUGGAUGGCGGCAUUGAUCACCUGCUGGCCCAGCACGUGGCUCAUCUGUUCAUCCGCGAUACGGUAUCGCUGUUCAGCGAGAAGGUUCAUCAGAACGACAACGAGGACACGGACCACUUCGAGAACAUUCAAUCCACCAACUGGCAGACAAUGCGGUUCAAGCCACCUCCGCCAAACAGUUCCAUUGGCUGGCGCGUCGAGUUCCGACCCUGCGAGGCCCAGAUCAGUGACUUUGAGAACGCCGCCAUCGUCUGUUUCGUUGUGCUGCUCACCCGCGUCAUUCUCUCUUACCAGUUGAACUUCCUCACGCCGAUCAGCAAGGUGGACGAGAAUAUGCAAACGGCCCAAAAGCGUGACGCCUGCCGCAAGGAGAAGUUCUGGUUCCGCAAGUCCUCAAAGACCACCGAGCAGCGCGCGGCCAAGGCCAAGGCCCAGGCUCAAGCGCAGGCUCAGGCUCAUGCCCAGACCAAUGGCAAGGCCACCUUGAACGGAGGAGGAGUUGCCGCCGAGAAUGGCAAUGGGCUAUCGGUUAACGGUAAUGGCAUCGACCACGGUGACAAGGAGGAGCCGAAGCUGACCAAUGGAUCGUCCAAAAUGAACGGACAUGGACAUGGCGACACCAAUGGCAUUACCACCAACGGCAGCGCAUCCAAUGGCUCCAGCAAUGGCACGGACAGCGACCACACCGACACCGAUGAUGAGGAGAAUGAGCUGUUCCAGUUGCUCUCCAUCAACGAGAUUUUCAAUGGAAAGCCGAAUGUCUUUCCUGGUUUGGUGCCGCUUAUUCGCAGCUAUCUGCAGUCCAUGGAAGUGGACACGGACACCCAUUGCACCAUUGAACAGUAUCUGCGCUUCAUUGAGAAGCGCGCCGCCGGCGAGCUGAUCACUACGGCAACCUGGAUGCGCGAGCAGGUGCUCAACCACCCGGACUACAAGCAAGAUUCCGUGGUCAGUGAGCGCAUCAACUACGACCUGCUGAAGCGCAUUCAGGCCAUACAGGAGCGUAAGCAUGUGGAGCCAGCUUUGCUUGGCCAGGGUUAUCAUUCCAAGACCAAAACGAAAGACUUCAUUCCACCGGCGCUGCAGAAGCAGCUGGCCAAGAACGGCGGCUGCUGCGAGGAGAAAUGAUCGAGGAGCGCGCUGCGGACGCGUCCAACGCAGCUGGCCGCCGGUGGCCGGCGCAUGUGAUUCGGGUUUUGUGGGUCCGUUUGAGGUACAUAUAUUAGUGGCAUGUCGAGAUCGAAGCGGAGCGAAGCGGAACGGAUCGGAAAUGCAGCGGCGCGGAGCAACAACAUUUAUCAAUAUUACUUUCAUAGCAUAAUUUAAACGAUUAACAAUUAGCGUGCACCCAUAUCCUAAUUGUGGACAAAUGUUUUUGCGGCCCAAGCGUCGCCAGAGAAAGGCAGGAAGCAGGAAGGAAGCAUAGAGUUGCUGGGGAUUUGGGCAGAAGCGGAAUUUCGGAGCAGCGACAGCCGGAAUGGUCAAGGGGCAACAAAGCCUAGCCAUGUCUGUCGUGAUCGAGUCCUAGAUCGGGGGAGCCUCCCGAUGGAUCCGAACAAAAUCUACACGCUUCAACAACAUAAAUCUCAACCAAGUGCCGUUCCACAAGACCUAAAAAGGAGGAAAAGAGGAUGAAGAUGGAUGAAAAUAGGAAAGAGAAUACAUAGUUCAAAAAGCGAGGCAAGGUUAAAAGCGUCUUUCUGUUUGUUUUCGUUUAAUAAAAUAUAUAUAUAUUUAUUAUUAUUCCUAUUCUUAUAAAUGCAAGUACAAUGGAAAGUUGUUUUUUUUUUUUAUUAAUAGAUAUAUACACCUACACACACACCAUGCAAACACACCUACGAAAGUGGCCUGCUGUUAUUAAACCUAGAUAUGAUAAGGAUAAAAACAUUUAAAAAAAACACUAAAGUGAGAGAAACUCUUGUGCUAUUAUAAUUUAUUGUGUAUGUGAUUGUUUCCCUAUUAUGAUACGAUUAUUAUGAUUUAUUGUGACCACAAGCAAGCAAAUAAACGGAAAACAUUGUUGAAUCUUAA